UCCUCCCUGAAGCACAGCAGCAGCUAUGAAAUCCUGCCACCUCACAUGUCUGAGCUGAGGGUUGUUCUGCUGGGGAACAGCUGGUCUGAGAGGAGUUCAGUGGGGAACAUCCUACUGGGAGAGACUAAGUUCAACACUGAGGAAGAACCAGACCGCUGUCUGAGAGAAAGAGGACGGUUAAAGGAGAAAGAAAUAGUUCUCAUCAACACCCCAGAUCUGCUGCAUCCCAACAUCUCUCAACACAAACUGACAGAACAUGUGACAAACUGUGUGAGACUCUCUGAUCCUGGACCUCAUGUGUUCCUGCUGGUUCUACAGCCUGAAGACUUCACUGAGAAACACAAACUGAGGCUCUGCAGAGUCCUGAAACUCUUCAGUGAUCGAUCAUUUGAUCAUUCACUGGUUCUGAUAUCAACACCCAGAGUGGAGGUUCCAGGUUUGAUGGACAAAUACAUGGAACAGCCUCCAUUAAAAGACCUGAUCAGAAAAUGUCGAUACAGAUACCUGAAGCAGAAGAACCUCGACCUCACAGAACUGUUAACACAAUUGGAUAAAACUGUAAAAGAGAAUAAUGGAGAUCAUGUCAGUUGUGAAGUGUUUGAGGAUGCAGGUUCAAUCAUCAGACCAAAGUCUGAACACAUCAGACCAGCUUUAAACCUGGUUCUGUGUGGGAGGAGAGGAGCAGGGAAGACUUCAGCAGCCAAGGCCAUUUUAGCUCAGACAGAGUUUCAUUCAUACUCCGUCUCAUCAGAGUGUGUUAAACAUCAGGGAGAGGUGUGUGGACGUUGGGUUUCCCUGGUGGAGCUGCCUGCCUUGUAUGGAAAACCUCAGGAGGCAGUGAUGGAGGAAUCACUCAGGUGUAUCUCCCUCUGUGAUCCUGAGGGCGUCCAUGUCUUCAUCCUGGUCCUACCUGUGGGUCCCCUCACUGAUGAAGACAAGGGAGAGUUAAAGACCAUCCAGAACACAUUCAGCUCUCGAGUCGAUGACUUCACCAUGAUUCUGUUCACUGUGGAGUCAGAUCCUGCAGCUCCAGCUGUUGUUAACUUUGUAAAGGAAAACAAGGACAUCCAGGAGCUCCGUCAGAGCUGUGGAGGAAGAUAUGUUGUUCUCAACAUCAAGGACGAGCAGCAGAUCCCAGAGCUGCUGGACAUGGUGGACAAGAUGAGACAAUCUGAAAAUAAACCAUCCUGCUAUACAGCUGUAACAUUUGCACGUGCACAAAUGGAAAAGGUCAUACAACAAGAGAGGAUAAUAAAGAAGAACAAGAUCACUUGUGAUGAUGAGGAGCAGAGCCCAGAGAGUCUCAGGAUUGUGCUGAUAGGGAACACUGGAAGUGGAAAGAGCUCUACAGGAAACACCAUUCUAGGAAGAGACGAGUUCAAAGCUGAAUCAAGUCAAACAUCAGUCACCAAACUUUGUCAGAAAGCACAGAGUAAAGUGGACGGUCGUCCGGUCGUUGUGGUCGACACUCCUGGUCUGUUUGACACAACUUUGUCCCAUGAAGAGGUUCAUGAGGAGAUGGUAAAAUGCAUCAGUCUUCUGGCUCCAGGACCACAUGUCUUCCUGUUGGUGUUACAGAUCGGGAGACUCACACCAGAGGAGAAGGAGACAUUAAAACUCAUCAAGGAAGGCUUUGGGAAAAAUGCUGAAAAGUUCACCAUCAUUCUUUUAACUGGAGGAGAUAAACUGGAGGAUGAGAAAGUUUCCAUUGAAGAAUACAUUGAACAUAAAUGUGAUGCUUCCUUUAAGAAGCUGAUCUCUGACUGUGGAGGAAGAUACCAUGUGUUUGAUAACUAUGAUGAAGAAAACCGCACACAAGUCAGUGAGCUGAUAACCAAGAUUGACACCAUGGUGAAGGAAAAUGGAGGCAGCUGCUACACCAAUGAGAUGCUGCAAGAGGCCGAGGCAGCUAUAAAGAAAGAAAUGGAGAGAAUCCUGAAGGAGAAGGAAGAAGAGAUGAAGAGAGAGAGGGAGGAGCUUCAAAGAAAACAUGAGGAGGAAAUGCAAGAGAUGAAAAGAAGAAUGAAAGAACAGAGAGCAGAAACUGAAAAGGAGAGAAAACUGAGAGAAAAACAACUUAAAGAAAAGGAGGAGAAGAUAAAGAAGGAACAUGAGGAGAGAAAGAAAGAACAGGAAAUGAGAGAAGAAGAAGACAAGAAGAGAAAAGAACAGGAAGAAGGUCAACGACAGGAGUGGGAACGAAAGGUUGAAGCUUUGGAGCAAAAUAUAAGAUCAGAGUCAGAAUCAAAGGAAAUGAUUGACAGAAAGCUGAAGGAGAGCAGAGAAGAGAUGAGAAAAGAACGAGAGAACUGGGAGAAAACACAAAAUGAAUGGUGGAAAAAACGAUAUGAAGAAGAUGAACGGAGACGACAGGAGGAACAAAGAAGACUUAGAAAGCUUCAAGAAGAAUACGAACAGGAAAGAGAAAAUGAUGAAACGAAAAGAAAGGAAGAGGACAGAAUCAGAAGAGAAAGAGAGGAAAAACAGAAAAAAGUACAGAGAGCAGAAAUUGAAAAGGAGAGAAAACUGAGAGAAAAAGAACUUGAAGAAAAGGAGGAGAAGAUAAAGAAGGAACGUGAGGAGAGAAAGAAAGAACAGGAAAUGAGAGAAGAAGAAGACAGGAAGAGAAAACAACAGGAAGAAAUUCAACGACAGGAGUGGAAACAAAAGGUUGAAGAUUUGGAGCAAAAAAUAAGAUCAGAGUCAGAAUCAAAGGAAACCAUUGACAGAAAGCUGAAGGAGAGCAGAGAAGAGAUGAGAAAAGAACGAGAGAACUGGGAGAAAACACAAAGAGAAUGGUGGGAAAAACGAUAUGAAGAAGAAGAACAGAGACGACUGGAGGAACAAAGAAGACUUAGAAAGCUUCAAGAAGAAUACGAACAGGAAAGAGAAAAUUAUGAAAAGAAAAGAAAGGAAGAGGACAGAAUCAGAAGAGAAAGAGAGGAAAAAGAGAGAAAAAGACAGAGAGCAGAAAUUGAAAAGGAGAGAAAACUGAAGGAAAAAAUACUUAAAGAAAAGGAGGAGAAGAUAAAGAAGGAACGUGAGGAGAGAAAGAAAGAACAGGAAAUGAGAGAAGAAGAAGACAAGAAGAGAAAACAACAGGAAGAAAUUAAACGACAGGAGUGGGAACGAAAGAUUGAAGCUUUGGAGCAAAAUAUAAGAUCAGAGUCAGAAUCAAAGGAAACCAUUGACAGAAAGCUGAAGGAGAGCAGAGAAGAGAUGAGAAAAGAACGAGAGAACUGGGAGAAAACACAAAGAGAAUUGUGGAAAAAACGAAAACAAGAAGAAGAACAGAGACGACUGGAGGAACAAAGAAGACUUAGAAAGCUUCAAGAAGAAUACGAACAGGAAAGAGAAAAUGAUGAAAAGAAAAGAAAGGAAGAGGACAGAAUCAGAAGAGAAAGAGAGGAAAAAGAGAAAAAAGACAUCGAAGAGAAACAUCAGAAACAAAUGGAGAAUCAGAAAAAGACAUAUGAAGAGGAGGCUAGAAAGAAAGAACAGGAAAUCAGACAAGAAGAAGACAAGAAGAGAAAACAACAGGAAGAAGGUCAACAACAGGAGUGGAAACAAAAGGUUGAAGCUUUGGAGCAAAAAAUAAGAUCAGAGUCAGAAUCAAAGGAAACCAUUGACAGACAGCUGAAGGAGAGCAGAGAAGAGAUGAGAAAAGAACGAGAGAACUGGGAGAAAACACAAAGAGAAUGGCGGGAAAAACGAAAACAAGAAGACGAACAGAAACGACAGGAGGAACAAAGAAGACUUAGAAAGCUUCAAGAAGAAUACGAACAGGAAAGGGAAAAUUAUGAAAAGAAAAGAAAGGAAGAGGACAGAAUCAGAAGAGAACAAGAGGAAAAAGAGAAAAAAGACAUUGAGGAGAAACAGAAGAAGAAAAUGGAGAAUCUGAAGAAGACGUGUGAAGAGGAGGCCAGACAGAAAGCUGAAGGGUUGAAUGAAUUCAAAGAGAAAUACAAGAAGGAGUUUGCAGCUCAGAAGAAACAGCAUGAAGAAAUAAUGACAGAAAAAGAUAAACAAUAUGACAUCUUAAAGGCAUUUUUAGCCCGCAAUGAAGAACAACUAAAGAAAAAAUAUCAAGGUGAAAUUUCUGACUUAGUGAAAUGUGUGACCAAGAAGAGAGAAAACCUUGAAACUAUCAAUGACUUACUGAAGAAACAUGAAGAAGAAAUGAAUAAUGUGAAAAAUGAUCAGGAAAAGAAAAAUCUGCAGGAAACACAUGACAAAGAACUAAGUGACCUGAUACAGGAACUUUUGAAACAAGAAGACACAUCAUGGUGUUCUAUUUUAUGAGGAUCUGUUUCAUGUAA